UGCCGCUUCUGAAGGACAUUUAUUUUAAAUUUUUAGCAGCCAUGUUUGUUUGAGUGAUAUUUGCCUGUAGUUUCACACACUCUCUCAUGUAAAUACAGUGCGCAGCUCGUGAUGUGAUGAGGUAUUUUAUUUCUACUAAUAGUUUCACACCAUAAAGACAAACGCGAUUUAUCAGGUGAAAUGAAGGAGGAGGAUUUAAGUGCCCUGAAUUCUGUCAGUCUGGAGCAGAAAGACAGCAAGAUGGACACUCUUGGGCUUUAUGUUGUCACAUGGAAUGUGGGCACAGCAGAGCCUCCUGAUGAUGUGAACUCUCUGCUUCAGCUCAGUUCUCCAAAGAAACCAGACCUCUACGUGAUUGGUCUACAGGAGGUGAAAGCAGCACCUCUGAAGUUUGUCACAGACUUGGCCUUCGAGGACUCCUGGAGUCAUCUCUUCAUGAACACACUGGCUCCUUUUGGAUUUAUCAAGGUGUCCUCCAUACGGAUGCAGGGUCUACUCUUGCUUUUCUUUUCCAAACUGGAGCACGUCCCCUUUAUCAGAGACAUUCAGGUCACUUAUACCCGAACAGGACUCUAUGGAUACUGGGGUAACAAAGGGGGCGUGUCCAUUCGUCUUUCCUUCUAUGGUCACAUGCUCUGCUUCCUGAACUGUCACCUAACUGCCCACAUGAACUUCGCCUCCCAGAGAGUGGAUGAAUUUGAGUACAUUCUAGAUGCUCAGACGUUUGAUGCCAAAAACACACCACGGAUUCUUGACCACAAGGUUGUGUUCUGGUUUGGGGAUUUAAAUUUUCGUAUUGAGGACCAUGGUAUGCACUUCAUUCGAAACUGCAUCAACAGCCAGCGUUUCAGUCUUCUGUGGUCUAAAGAUCAGCUCACCUUGAUGAAGAAGAAGGAAGCUGUUUUGCAGGAGUUUGAAGAGGGACCUCUCGACUUUCAACCCACCUAUAAAUUUGAUUUAAACUCAGAUAACUACGAUUCAAGUGGAAAGAAACGAAAGCCUGCAUGGUGCGAUAGAAUUCUCUGGAGAGUAAUGUCCAACUCCUCACCGACAGAGGAACCCAACAAAGAAGGUAACAGUGAAGACGAGCUGAAGAAGAAACUGGUGGGGGACCAGGAGGAAGAGUUUCCUCUCAAAGUGACCCAGGAAUUUUACACCAGUAAAAUGGAGUAUGGCGUUAGCGACCACAAGCCCGUUGUUGGCGUCUUCCGCUUGGAGCUGAAAAAGAUGUACGAGACGCCCUUGGUUCAAGUGUGUGCUGAGGGAGAGUGGAGUGCUGACUUUGAUGCCCUGAUAACCUACAGCCGUCUUCAGCCUUUUGCUUCCAGUGCCUGGGACUGGAUUGGCUUAUAUAAGGUUGGUUUUAAAAGUGUUUCAGACUAUAUCAUGUACGCUUGGGUGAAGGACGACCAGGUGGCUUUCAAUGAUGAGCUCUUUCAGGUUUAUGUGAACAAAGAUGAAAUUCCAGUUUUUGGGGGAGAAUGUGUGCUAUGUUAUUACAGCAGCAACCUGCAGUGCAUUGUCGGUAUUAGUGAACCUUUUAAUGUGCAGGAAUCCAGAGUGGCGAUUGAAGAGGGUUUAGCGCCUGAAAUCAAUGGACUAGAUCAGGCAGUUGCCAGUUACUGUCCAGAUACGGCUGAGCCUUAAUACUUUUUAGAGAGCACAUUGUUUCAUGCACUAUCUGCCCACCUUUCUAAACACCUGCACCUCAGAUAUCAAACCAAAUAGACCUGUGAAUUUAAGCAAGAGCAAUUUUAAUGCAAAAUUUGAAUUGGCUUUUAUUGGUAUGUGAUGUCAUACUAUGUAUAUUCUUUUCUAUUCUUGUUUUUCUUUUUUUAAAGGAACAUUUUUAAAUAUCAGGUAGAUGGUGGUAAUCUGAAUAGGCACAUGUCAGUUUUUACUUUAAUUCCUGGAAAUGAUUCUAAAAAGUCUCUCAAAAGCAGUUAUUACAAACAAAGGAAAUCAUUCCAGUAAUAUUUUUUAUAUGAAUACUUUAGCAAGACUGAUGCAGUUCACAUAAUUCUCACCACAGCCUUACGAUUACCACAUUCUUUCCAAAUAUUUACCAAAAUGUUUAUUAGUCUCCGUCAAAUGUCAGUGUUUAUUGUUGCUGCUAUUUUAUCAUUCCUUUUCAACUUAAUGUGGACUGUUACACUGUAAAACAUUUGCACUGUUUAAUUGAGUACUUUUAUGACAUGUUUACUUUGUUUGGAUCUAUUUAUGACUGUAACUCAUACCGAAGUGGUAUUAUAAUAUUGUGUUUGUCUUACUGAAUCAGUGAAUAAUUGAAGGAUCUUAUUAAUUAUUACUCUGUAUAAUUUGACCAAGUAUAUUUUAUUAAUGUAGAUGGUAAAAUUUGAUAAUAUAUUCAUGCUAAAUAUAAACAGGCUAUGUGCAAUGUUCUGCUAAAGUAUUUGUUGACUCAAGAAUGUAUGUUUGUUGUUUUAAUGUUAGACUAUGCUUAUAUAUAAAUAGAAUAUAUUUGUAUAAAUUUAUACUGUACAAAAUUUAAAAGAAUCUAAUAGCCAGAGUGAGCUUUUACAUUUCUAAACCACUACAAAUGCAUUCUGAUGGUAUGAAAUAAAUGUUAUUUAAAUUCA